AUGUCGUUAAUGGAUUUUGGAAAUGAAACUGACACAGAUAUAAUGUUUGAUCCAAAACCAACUAUUUGGCAAACUUGGGGUAUUGGUUUAAUUAUUGUAACGAUUACAGCAUUUGGACCACCAAUUUGUAUUAUUAUUGUACCAUUUCUUAAUAAAACACUUUAUGAAAUUUUUAUGACAUUUUUGAUUGCAUUUGGUAUUGGAACACUUUCCGGUUCAACAUUAUAUGUGCUUUUACCGGGAGCAUUUGGUUUAAAUAUUGUGGAGCAAAAUUUUUAUACAACAAAAAUUUCUAUAAUAUUAAUUGCAUUAUAUGCAUUUUUUUCAGUGGAUCGCAUUCUUGCAUAUGUUUUGCAUUUUCGAAAAAUCCGAUCAAAAGGACAAAAAUUUCAUCAAUCAACACUAAAUAAAAUUAUUAAAAAAGAGAGAAAUAUGAAUAAUUCAAUAACAAUGGAUGAUAAUCUUACAAUACCACGAAUUAUACUUACAUCCGGAAAUCAUGAUAAUACUGAAAAUGACGAUAAUGAUGAUGAUGAGGAUGAUGAUUUGGAAUUUUAUGAAUUAGAAAAGGAUCGCUUAAAGAGUGAAUUUGAAGCAGCAAUGGUUAGUAAUAUGCUUUCAAGGAAGAUGUCAUGCAAACUUCAAACAACUUUAUUAACAGUAAUGGAUGACAAUAAGACUUCAGUGGAACACAGUUCACAUCGUAAAAAUAAAGAUCCAAAUGAUAAGGUAUCAGUGAAUGUUGAAAUUGUCGAAGAGAAAAUAUUAGAUCCAUCAGAAUUUGAUAUUGCAACGGUAGCAUGGAUGAUAAUAUUUGGUAAUUUAAUGAAUAAUUUUGUUGAUGGUAUGAGUAAUGGUGCUGCAUUUGCAAAUUCAUUAGCACGUGGUUUAUCAGUUGGGAUUGCUGUGAUCACACAACAGUUACCACAAGAAAUUGGAACAUUGGCAAUUUUAAUUCAAUCUGGACUUGGAUUUAAACGAACGCUUUGUUUAAAUUUAUUACCAAAUUCGCUUAGCUAUGUGGGUUUUAUUGUUGGUGUAUUAAUUGGUGAUGCAAAUGAAUCAUAUGGAAAUUAUGUCUUCGCCGUAUCAUCCGGAAUGUAUUUGUAUAUUUUCCUUGGUACAUUGAUACCAGAAAUUCGUGAUUCAAUAAAUGAGCAAAUUAAAGUGGAUUUGAAACGAAGCAUACGAUCAACUGCUUUACAAGCUAUUGGUAUAUCAAUGGGAAUUAUUUUUAUGUAUUUGAUAUGUAAAUAUGGCAAUAAAAUUUAUAUGUUAUAA